AUGUCUACCGUUCCAGAAAACAUUAACGAGCUUAUUGCCGCUCAAGGAAACGUCGUGCGUUCUUUGAAAGCGCAGGGAGCACCGAAAACGGAAGUUGAUGCUCAAGUCAGCAAAUUGCUUGAGUUGAAGAACCUUAAGCUUGGUGAUGCCAAGAAUGGCUCCAAAAAGGGUACUCAGUUCACGUUGAAAACUCCUAAGGGAACUCGUGACUGGGCAGAAAAGGAUGUUGCUCUUCGCGAGAAAAUCUUUGGUACUGUAACCGACAUUUUCAAGCGUCACGGAGGUGUCACACUUGACACUCCUGUCUUCGAACUCAAAGAGAUUCUUACUGGAAAGUAUGGUGAGGACAGCAAGCUUAUCUAUGACCUUAAGGAUCAAGGAGGUGAACUUUGUUCUCUUCGUUAUGAUUUGACCGUUCCAUUUGCUCGUUGGUUGGCCAUGAACCCCAAGAUUACCAGCAUUAAGCGUUUCCACAUUGCAAAGGUCUACCGGAGAGACCAACCUGCUAUGACUAAGGGUCGUAUGCGUGAGUUCUACCAAUGCGAUUUCGACAUUGCCGGAACCUUUGAUUCUAUGGUCGCCGAUUCUGAGGCUCUUAAGAUUCUUGUUGAAGCUCUUGACGCUUUGAACGUCGGAAAGUACACGAUUAAGUUGAACCAUCGUAAAAUCCUCGACGGAAUUUUUGAAGUGUGCGGCGUCCCUUCCGAUAAGAUUCGUACCAUUUCCAGUGCUGUCGACAAGCUGGACAAGAUGCCUUGGGAAAACGUAAAGGAGGAGAUGACCGAGGAGAAGGGUUUGCCUGAGGAGGUCGCUGACCGUAUCGGUGAGUAUGUUCUACUGAAGGGUGGCCCCGAGCUUCUUGCUAAGCUGAAGGCUGACGAAAAACUUUCUGCAAACAAGUCUGCUUCGGGUGCCUUUGAAGACAUGAAGUUGCUCUUUGAAUAUAUGGAAAACUUUGGUAUUCUGGACCGUUUCUCCUUCGAUAUGUCUUUGGCCCGCGGCUUGGAUUAUUACACCGGUAUCAUUUUUGAGGCCGUCACAGAGGCCUCUGCUCCCAAAAAGAUUGCUAGCAAAAAGGAUGUCAAGAAGAGCGACGAUCCUGAAGCUGACCGUUCGAACGACGAUACUAUUGGUGUCGGUUCUAUUGCUGCUGGUGGACGUUAUGACAACUUGGUCGGUAUGUUUUCGAGCAGAAAGAACGCACAGCUCCCUUGUGUCGGUAUUUCUCUUGGCCUGGAGCGUAUCUUCUCUAUUCUUCGCAACCGUAUUCCCGAUGACGAGCUUCGUGCCAACGAAGUCGAAGUCUACGUUAUGGCCUUCGGCGGCGGCAAGGAGUGGACUGGUUUCUUAAAGGAGCGUAUGAACGUUUGUAGCGAGCUUUGGGCCGCCGGUAUCAAGGCUGAGUUCUUGUACAAGGUGAAGGCUAAACCCCGCCAACAGUUUGAGGCCGCCGACAAAUAUGGUGUCCCUGUUGCUGUGAUUCUCGGUCAAGAUGAGUUCAAUGGCGGAAAUGUGCGUAUCAAGCGCAUGGGUCAAAAAGAGAACAGUGAUGAAGGCGUUCUCGUUCCUCGUGCUUCUAUGGUGUCAGAGCUUAAAAAACUCCUUGCUUCUUUGUAA